AUGGGCCGGUGUGCACUGAUUCUAGUGGUCGUGCCUCUGGCCCUUUCACAACCAAACGGAAAUCUUUAUUCUGAUCUCAAGAAUUAUUUGCCGAAAUAUGAUCGACAUCACGAAUGGAUGAAUUCGGGUAAAUUCCAAGGAGACAUCGAUGUGAAUCCGCGACUUGUCGAGUCAGCGCGUGGUCAAAUCUAUUACAAUGCGCUAAAGAAUCGGCAACUCCGAUGGCCGAAUGGGGCGAUUCCAUACGUGAUGGACACGGCUUUUUUGCCAAAUGAGGCGCGAACGAUCGAAAGAGCUUUCAACUCGUACCAUCGAAGCACUUGUAUUCGAUUUCAGCCACGAGAUCAAGAGACUGACUAUUUGAAUAUUGUUAAAGGAUAUGGCUGUUAUUCCCAAGUUGGUCGAACUGGCGGGAAACAAGAGAUCUCACUUGGACGCGGUUGUCUCUUUCACGAGAUAAUUGUUCACGAAUUGAUGCAUUCUGUCGGCUUUUGGCAUGAGCACUCGAGAGCGGAUCGGGAUGAUCACAUCAGAAUCGUUUGGGAGAACAUUCUACCCGGAAUGAAAUCACAAUUUGACAAAGUAGCCGCUUCACUCCAAGAUCUACAAGGAGAAAAAUACGAUUAUUUGUCAAUAAUGCAUUAUGAUUCGACGGCUUUCUCGAGGAAUGGAAAGAACACAAUUGAAACUGUUGAAGAAGGGUUCACGGAGUUGAUCGGAUCGGCGAAUGACUUGUCGAAGAAUGAUAUCAUUAAGAUCAAUAAACUGUACGAGUGUGAGGCGCCGACGCAAAGUCGAAAAGCGCAGAAAACUGUUGUGAAGCCGCCGAUCCGAGGGAGAAUACGACCGAAAAUUGAUGUGGUUGAGAAUGGGAGUGAAAAGUGCAUCGAUCACUUCGUCGAUUGCCCCCAUUUCUCUCAAUACUGCAAGCGAGCCUCGUUCUUCUUUGUGAUGAAAUCGUAUUGCCCGUUCACUUGUAAUCAUUGU